AAGGCUGUUUUACAUGUGAAAAGCGAAGGUGAUUUGAAUUCGGGACAUGUUCUUGAGCAACUGAUUCCAAUGCACUACCCACAUGGUCUUUCCUGUUUGUUUCACAACCUUUAGCGACUUGGGAAGGCUUGCUGAAUUAGAGUUUGUUUGAGGUUUUUUUUGUUUUCUUAAUCCAGUAUAUUCCCAUAAAUCACGUUUGUCCUAGUUUUGAAAGGAGGAUUUUUGAGCAAGAUCAGAAUGGAAAAGAAGGUCGAUCAUCAACUUGAGGAUAGUGUGAUGUCGCCAGCUCAGAAGACCACGGAACACACGCAGACAGAUAGUGAAGAGCUCACCUUUAUAGGACAAAUAGAUGUAAGUCAGGCAUUUGCCAGCACACCUCUUGCUCCAGCCCAUUCUCUUUGGACCACUGAUGCUAGAGGUUCAGUCAAGCUGAGAAUAGAAGAAGGAUGUGCAGAGGAACCCAACACAGUUCACCAGUUGUUUAAAGCCUCAGUUGAAAAAUAUGGAAACAAGCAUGCACUUGCCAGCAAGAAGAACAACAAAUGGGAAAAGAUAACUUUCCUAGAGUAUUACCAGUUGUGCCGGAGAACAGCCAAGAGCUUUCUAAAGCUGGGUUUAGAGCGAUUCCAUGGCGUGGGAAUACUAGGAUUCAAUUCAGCAGAAUGGUUCUUCUCUGCAGUCGGUGCAAUCAUGGCAGGAGGAAUAAUGGCAGGAAUUUAUGCCACAAACUCACCAGACGCGUGCCAUUAUGUGGCUAGUGACUCUAAAGCCAACAUUAUUGUGGUAGAAAAUCAGAAGCAACUGGAGAAGAUACUGCAGAUAUGUGACAGACUACCCAAUUUAAAAGCCAUAGUGCAGUACAGUGGACAGGUCCAGCAGAAGAUCUCAAAUCUCUACUCUUGGGAGGAGUUCAUGGAGCUGGGCCUGGAUGUUUCUGAAAAACAAUUGGAUGACAUUAUCAGCAGUCAGAGAGCUAACCAGUGCUGUGUUCUGAUCUACACAUCUGGCACCACAGGCAAGCCGAAAGGAGUCAUGCUCAGUCAUGACAAUAUCACAUGGACGGCCAUUCAUGCCAGCAGGGCUGGAGAAAUGCAGCCAGCCGACACUAAACAAGAGUCACUAGUCAGUUACCUGCCUCUCAGCCACAUUGCUGCUCAGAUCUAUGAUCUCUGGACAGGCAUCCACUGGGGUGAGCUGGUAUACUUUGCACAGCCAGAUGCCUUAAAGGGAAGCUUGAUAACUACACUUCGGGAGGCUCGCCCAACAUCCCACAUGGGUGUCCCUCGGGUAUGGGAGAAAAUGAUGGAGAAGAUAAAACAGGAGAUUAGUCAGUGUGGAUAUUUGAAAAAGAAACUGGUUACAUGGGCAAUGUCAGUCAGCCAGGAAACAAAUCAAAAGUGUACGCAUGAGAAUGAUGAAAAACCGUUCCUUUUUUACGUGGCUGACAGCCUUGUGCUGCAGAAGCUUCGGAAUGAGCUGGGCCUGUCGUGCUGUCAGAAGUUCUUUUCAGGAGCAGCACCGAUCAGUAGUGAAACAGUGCAGUUUUUCCUGGGCCUGAACAUCCGCUUGUAUGAAGCCUAUGGCAUGAGCGAGAGCUCAGGACCUCACUUCAUGUCAGGUCCAAAAGCUUAUAAACUGCCAAGCUGUGGAAAAGUGGUGCCUGGCUGUCGAUACAAAUUGGCCAAUGUAGACUGUGAAGGGACAGGAGAAAUUUGCUUUUGGGGACGCAACAUUUUCAUGGGUUUCCUCAACAUGGAAGACAAAACAAGAGAAGCUUUGGAUGAAGAUGGAUGGCUGCAUUCUGGGGACUUGGGGAAGGUUGAUGAAGAGGGUUUCUUGUACAUCACAGGAAGGAUAAAAGAGUUGAUCAUCACUGCUGGAGGAGAGAAUGUUCCACCUGUUCCCAUAGAAGAAGCAGUAAAGAAGGAGCUACCCAUCAUCAGCAACGCCAUGCUGAUUGGAGACAAAAAGAAGUUUUUGUCCAUGCUUUUAACCUUAAAGUGUUGUAGCAAUACCGAAACCAUGGAGCCAACAGAGGAACUCAGUAUGGAAGCUGUGGAGUUUUGCAGACAGCUGGGCAGCCAAGCAACCAAAAUGUCUGACAUAACUGGUGGUAAAGACAAAGAAGUGUACCAGGCAAUUCAAAAGGGGAUUGACAGAGUCAACUCUGCAGCCACCUCCAACGCCCAACGCAUACAAAAAUGGACCAUUCUGAGGAAGGACUUCUCUGUUUCUGGAGGAGAGCUGGGUCCUACAAUGAAGCUUCGCCGUCCAGUUGUCUUAGAGAUGUACUGCAAAGUUAUAGAGAGCCUUUAUCAAGGAUAAAGUCACUUUCUACUGUGUAACUGUUAGUAUGAAAUCAAUCAUGUGUCAUUUUCCUUCAUCUCAUCCCCUGUGAACACGCAUAAAAUGUAAUUACAGUACGGCACAAAAGUCUUGAGCCAACUCUCAUUUCUUUUUAUUUUGGUUCCAGUGAGUCAGACUUUCUUGUAAUUUUUUGAAGUGUUCUUGAGUGGUCAGAUUACUGAAAAUUUGUGGUUACAGGUGUUAUGGUAUGAUGAAUCCAAAUUUGACACUUGUGGUUCAAAUCAUCACUAUGUAGAAUGAAGGUUAGGAGAGAGGUGCAACAGUGAGUGUCUGUAGCCACCUGAAAAACACAGUGGAGGCUCUGUCAUGUUUUGGGACUGCAUUUCAGCCGUUGGUGUUGGAGGAUCUUUCCAAAAUUCAUGGAAAUAUGAAUGCAGAAGUGUACUAUUGGAGUCUGAUUCACAGUCCAAGAGCAUCUGGAAAGUAUUUGGCAAUGGCUUCAUUUUUCAGCAUGACAAUGAUCCAAUGUAGUAAAAGAAUUCCUAGACAGAAAAAACAAAAUACAAAAAACACCUUUCAAUUGGGUUUGGCCUCCCAAGGGUGCGGUCCUAACCGUACUUGACGCAGUGUGAUAUCAUCUUGACACAGAAUGAAACAAAGAGAUCAAAUCUGAAGAGAUUUGAGAUAUCCUUCAAGAAGGCUGGAGAAAUAUUCCUGAAGACUAUUUAAAUAAAUUACAAGAACACUUGCCUAAGAGAGUUGCGGCCAUACCAAUUUGAGCUGUAUAAACAGUUUUUACCUUAUAUCCUGUAUUUCCAUGUAAGUUUGCACAUUUCAAUAAAUAAUUGAACCUAUUUCCCAUUUUCACUGCAUACUAUAAAGAAAUGAGGGGUGGCUCAAAACUAUUGCAUCUGUUCUGCAGAAUGAAAAAAAGAGAACCACACAUAGUGUUUAAAGGGCAUUUUAUUUAAUAAGUUUAAAGUUACACCAUUUUAAUGCAACUUUUACCUUGCCAACACUGAUUUUGACUUCUUUAAAAUGAUACCAAUCAUCUUGCCUGACAGGAAAAUUGGUGGAAGUGCUUUAUAACAUUGAAGAGAAAGACAUGCUUCUACCCAGAAAUCAGUUAUAACAACUAUCAGAGUCAUUUGAAUAACACUGAAUAAAAAUUAUGGCAUUUCUGAUGUCAGUGUAAUAUCAAUUUUACAAUAAUUACAUAAGCAAACAGUAAGUUUUCAAAAAAAUAUUUAGUGAAAAAAUCUCUAAUGCGUUUACAGAUGGAUUAUCUAAGCAACUAAAUGUGAAGCAGAGUUUGACUUCUUA